AUGGCCACCCCUUCCCCAGAAACCCAAAGCUUCACCACCCAAACAAUCGAACUAACCCUACCUCCCCAAGACAAAACCACCGACCCCGCCAAGCGCGCAUGGUCCUACUGGGCCGACGAGCACAUCCGGACCUACCUCGAAGCCAUCCAGUCCAACAACCACACGACCGCCCGCGAGACCGCCAAACUCUGGGCGCAGAUCCUCGGCCGCGCGUUGGUCUUGCCCCGCAGCAGCGACAGCCAGACCCAGAACUACCGCCUCCUCACCCGCCGAUUUUUCGAGUCCGCAACAAAAAUCCCCCUCCCCUACGAGAUCAUCGACCUCGUGGACCCCCGCCUCAAGAACGGGAAGGACAACAUCGCCUUCGUCCAGAUCAUCUGCCACGACGCCACCGCCGCACAGGCGGCCAGUCCAGAGCUGCAGCUGCGCGAGCUCCGGCAGCGGAAGCUGACCCUCCUCCAGCAGCAGCUGGUGGUGGGGGACUCCGCGCUGCUGCCGGAGUUUGUGCUGGGGAUUGCGGUUGGGGGCCACGUGUGGUUCCAGAACCUGAAGGCGGAGGAUGGAUGCCGGCGGGGCCUUUGUAAGGUGCUGUGUCUGGUGCAGGACCGGGGCCGGGUGGAGGAGUUGCUGCGUUCGCUGGGGCGGACGUUGAGUAGAUCAGCAGCACCGCUUGAUUGCGUGGUCUGCUUUGCGCUCACCUCUCGCGUGAUCAGUAUCUACUCUAUGAAGCCAUGUGACCCAGACUAUGAGAUUCCGGUUAGCCUUUUUUUCGAAGGGAGUGGACCCCUGCCCGGAAGUCUCGGAGCCCUAGACGAGCUUGUGGUCUGA